AUGGACGAGAAGCCUGGGCCAGUCACGGUCGAAUAUGGACCAACUGAUACAACAAGCGACAUUCAGCCUACUCAGAGCAAUGAGCCGGGCAUCGACGUUGUGGUAGUAUCGCACAAGAGACCUUACGGAGAUGUCAACUUCAUAGGCACAUACGUGGCUGCAGGGCUGGGGGCAUGCAGUGUAUAUGGCGCCUUUGUUCUGCCAGCUACAUCGCUUUCGUACAUCAACACAGCGAUUGGCCCUUCAGCGAAUAUCACCGGGGUCGUCCUAGCAUGGACGCUGUGUCUAGCCGUUGGCUAUACUUUGGUCGGCCGUCUUUCAGACAUCUUCGGUCGGAGAUGGUUCUUCAUUGGAGCCUCCUUGCUCGCGACCCUGGGCACGAUCAUUGGCGCUACAGCCCACGACGUGAAUCAGCUCAUCGGCGCCAAUGUACUGCUCGGACUUGGAGCGGCGGUACAGCUGUCCUUCAACUAUAUCCUUCCGGAACUUGUCCCGAUGAAGGACCGCUUCUACGUGGUCAGCCUGAUCUUCAUUUUCGCUCUCCCCCUUUCCGGCUUUGGACCUGUCAUUGGCCGACUCCUGAUUGUGCAUACGACUGCUGGAUGGAGGUGGUUCUACUACAUCAAUAUCAUCCUCAACGGCUUGUCGUCCUUGCUGUAUUUCUUGUUCUACUUCCCUCCUGCCUUUGGAAAACUGCACCGCAAUCGAUCACUAUGGCAAGAGAUUAAGGACCUGGACUUUGGGGGCAUAAUCCUCUACAGUGGUGGCUUUCUGGUCCUCUGUAUGGGACUGUCUUGGGGUGGUGUCGUUUAUCCAUGGGGUUCGGCCCAUGUCAUAGCCACGCUGGUUGCCGGGGCUGUGACUGUCGUGAUUUUCGUCCUUUACGAGAUCUACAUGCCUCUCAACCGCCCGCUCGUCCCAAUGCAUCUCUUCAAAAGCCGUGACUAUUGCGUCUUGACGGUCAUCAGCGCUGUUGGCGGCAUGCUGUACUAUUCCCUGAACGUCAUCUACCCAACGAUGAUCGCCGCUCUUUUCACAACGGACCCCGUUCGUGGUGGCCUGCUUGCCUGUGCUAUCGGCGGCGGCGUCGCGGCUGGCCAAUUCUCCUCCUCGCUAUGGGCUAAACCUGGAGGUCAAUUCCGCUGGAAGCUUUUCUUCUCCGUCGUGGCCUGCACGGCCUUUACGGCUGCAAUGGCCGGAGUCAAAUACAACGAGCAUGCUGCGUCCGCUCUCAUGGUUCUAGCCUCCUUCUUCAUCGGCGCCCUGGAGUCACUGGUCGGCAUUGCCAUUACUUUCUGUAUCAAAGAUCAGUCUGAGAUUGGCGUCGCUGUCGGAGUAUAUGGUUCCGUCCGUUCUGCGGCAGGCUGUCUGGCCACCUCCUUAUUUGCUACCAUCCUGAUGAACCGUGUCACCCACAACAUCGAGCACACGGUUGUACCGGCUCUCGUCGAGGCUGGUCUGCCCGUUGCUUCGGUGAAGCCAUUCCUGACGGCUCUGGAGUCUGGCAACAAGUCCGCCAUUGCACAAGUUCCUGGUGUCACCACCUCAGUCAUUGGCGUUGCGGUGGAAACGACAAAGUGGUCGUACUCGAACGCUUUCUCGUUAGUCUUCCUGGUUACGUUGGCUUUUGGUAUCUGCUCGUGCAUUGUUGCGUUCUUUUCAGCAGAGGUGGAGAAGUACUAUACCGAUGAUGUGGUUCGACAGCUGGAUAGGGGGUUCUUUGGAAAGCAUCGUGCUGCAUCUGAGGAUACAGAUAAGAUCUAG